AGGAAGUAUGAUAAGGACGUGGGUGGCUUUCGUGCUGUGUGCUCUCAAAGUUUGGUUUUUCCAAUUAAUUUUGUUCCCCUCAGCUUUUUGUUUUUAUCUUCUGAACAUUAGAUGAAAGACAUUUCAUUUCUUGUCCUGAAUGAUUAUUUGGUGCCCCGUAUAAUUUCAGUUUAUGUCAAUCAUACACCCAAUCCGAAGAAACUUUAAAAGAUAUUCUAUUCAAAGUCAUAAAAUAAAAGCAGUCAGAAAAUUUGUAAAGAAUAGUUGGCAAUACAAUGAAGAAAAAGAAAUCACUUCUUAUAAAUCGGGACAAUUUGAUUCUUAUUUUCCGGUUUGGAAAGAUGGAAGGAAGAGUGAUCCGUAUUUUCGAAAGCAAAAACACCAUCAAGGAAAGAUAAUGAAUUGUCAUUUGUAAGCAACUGUCCUGGUAUCUUCCACGUAAUCGAUCCGUUGCCCUAGAGACUUUGCUCACAACAAACAUUCCGAUGAAGAUCCGGAGGAUUCUCUGACUCAGAUCGAAAAAAUGCCUGAAGAGGAGAACGUAAGAGUUGCGGUGCGGGUUCGACCAUUCAAUCAACGUGAGAAGCAGCGCAAUGCCAAGUCUAUUGUUCAAAUGUCAGGGAACACUACAUUCCUGACCAAUCCAGAUGAUCCAAGUGACCCUGUUAAAAAAUUUACUUAUGAUCAUAGCUAUUGGUCUCAUGAUGGAUUUAAGGAACUCCCCAACGGAUAUUGCGCUCAAGAUACAUCUCAUCCAAACGGAGCCAAAUUCUGUGAUCAGGAAAGAGUGUACAAAGACCUUGGACGAGGAGUUUUGCGAAAUGCGUGGGAAGGAUAUAAUUCGGCUCUUUUUGCUUAUGGCCAAACUGGAUCUGGGAAAUCAUGGUCUGUUAUUGGCUAUGGUGCUAACAAAGGAAUUGUACCAAAAUUUUGUGAAGAAAUGUUUAGAAGUAUAGAAGACAAAAGACGAUCGGGAGACACUACAGAAUUUGAAGUUCGACUGAGCAUGUUAGAAAUUUACAACGAAAUAGUGAGAGACCUGCUGAAUCCAACCGGGGACCGGAAAAGAGGCUUGAAAGUCCGGGAACACCCAAAGAAGGGAUUUUAUGCUGAAGGAUUGCAGAUGGCAUUGGUUACUAGCUACAAAGAAAUCGAACGUAAGUUAAAUGAAGGUACAACUAACAGAAGUAUUGCUUCAACAAACAUGAAUGCGACCAGCAGUCGAGCUCACACAAUCGUUGGAAUCCAUCUCACGCAAAAAUCCCGGAAAAGCAAUGGGCAGGAAACGGCGAAAAGUUCAAUUGUUCAUUUAGUGGAUUUAGCUGGAAGUGAGCGAGCUUCCAAUACCGGUGCUACGGGAGAUAGGCUGAAAGAAGGAGCCGCCAUCAACCAGUCUCUGUCCUGCUUAGGAAACUGUAUACACGCUUUAGCAGAGAGAGCGAUGGGAAGGAAUUCAAGAGUACCAUUCAGAGAUUCAGUACUGACACGACUUUUAAUGAAUGCUUUGGGAGGUAACAGCAGAACAAUAAUGAUCGCAGCUAUCAGUCCUGCGGAUAUCAACUACGAAGAAACUCUAUCUACGCUUCGUUAUGCUGAUCGAGCGAAACAAAUCAAAACGGUUGCCAUCGUAAACGAAGAUCCUACGGAAAAGCUCAUCAAAGAAUUGCGGCAGGAAAACGAACGUCUCAAACGCAUGCUGGAUAAAGGAGCGAUAGACGUUCCUUUGCAACCAGGAAUGUCAGAUGAAGAGAUAAUAAAAUUACGAAAAAAGUGGGAAGAAGAAAUGUAUGCUGCAAUGGCUGAAAACGAUCGGGAUCUGAUGCAGAUGAAACAGUCUUAUGAUGAUAAAUUGAAACUAGCCAGGCAACAAAAAGGAUUUGAAUGGGAUAUAGCUAAAAUAGAAAAAGAGAAGAAAGUCAGACCUCAUUUCACAAACCUCAAUUUUGAUCCUAUGCUAUCUGGGAAAAUUGUUCAUUUGUUAAAGGCAGGAGAAAAUAUCGUUGGUAAAACAGACCAAGCUGAUAUACAACUUCUUGGGCCAAGCAUUCAAGAAAGGCAUGCCAUCAUCAACUACUUGGAGCAUGGAGGUGUGACUUUGGAGAAAUAUCAGAGUGAAUGCAGAAUUCUUUUAAAUGGAGAACCUCUCGCUGCUCGAGCUCUUUUGUCUCAUUGCGACAGAAUUCUGUUUGGUACGACCCAGUUGUAUGUAUUUAUUCACCCAGAUCAGAUGAAAAAGACGGGGAAAAAGUACCCUGAAGUGACAUAUGAAAUGGCCCAAGAAGAAAUUGCUUCGAAAGCUGGAAUAUCUGUUGAUGACGAUGAAUCACUCGACACAGCCCUUCUAAACAAAGACCUUAUCGAAGUUUUGCCCGGAGUGGAGGAAGCGAAUGCCAUUAGCGAAGAGUUGGAUAAAAAAGUGAAAUUCGAAAUAAUGCUUCUAUCUCCACAAUGGUUAGGAAAGACAUCAGGAAAAACAGAGGUGUACGUGAAAAUGCGCAACUUGGAAACUGGAGUCGAAUUCACAUGGCCGAAAGAAAAAUUCUUGAAUAGGAUGUAUGUGAUGAAAGAGAUGUAUCAGAAUUAUGAAGCUGGUGAGGAGUGGGAUGUUGAGGAAAGUCGUGAUCCUUUCAUUGAAGAUUUGGAUACAGAAGUACAAAUCGGAAAUGUUCAAGUAUUUCUGCAACCAUUGGCAUACAUGGUAGAGCUGAAAGAACAACUUGAAAUAGUUGACUACAAAGGGACAGAAGUUGGCAUCAUGAAUAUAGAAAUUGUUCCUUGCACCCCUCAAGGAAAAGAAUAUACGGAACAUGAUGACAUGUUUGUCGAUAAUCCAAAUGAAUUAAUUGGAAAAGACUUGCAUUUUAUGGUUAAGCUUUUAGGCUGUCGUGGUUUACCAUCCAGAUUUAACGACAUAACGUGCCGGUAUAAAGUGUAUCUUGAUACGGAAGAUAACGUCACAGAAGCAAUUUCAGAUACUUCAAAUCCUGACUUCAAUCAUAAGAAAAUAUUCUCUUUUAGACGAGUAACUCAGUCCCUCGUUGAAUAUUUGAAAGAAGGAUAUAUUAUGAUUCAAGUUUGGGGAAAACAAACGACUAGGAAAUCUGCAGUUACUCGAGCUCAAGGAAAGAAUACAAAAGAAAUGUUUCAAGCAGAUUUGCUGAACAAUGCUAAUACGCUCAUGAAGGGAUUUAGAAUGAACGGAAGGGUUGUUGAUCCUAACAAGCAAAGCAUUAUAGUCGAGCUUUUAUUAAUGAAGAAACAACAGCAUCGGCAACAACAAAGAUUAGAAAAUAUUCGCAGAAUGAUUGAUUUAGCAGAAACCCAUAAAAAGAAAAAGCUGCCGGUAAGCUUAGUGAAAGACUUGUAUUCAACAACAUCAGCCGAUAUAGCCGAAGAACUUCUCCAAAAAGUGCCUACAGGUAAUUAAAAGGUAACUGAUGACGCAGAUGCAGAAUCAUCUAUAUGUAUUGUUAUAUAACAUCAAGCCUUAUUAGUACAGUUUCAUUUUAUUCUAACAACUGAAAUAAAUUUUUAUAGAUCAG